AUGCGCAGCCUGACACCCACAACAGUACAGGUCUCAGGAGAUGUCUCAGCAUCCUCCACAGCCCGUGCAGCACGCAUCGCGCUCGACCCAGAGACCGGCAUCGUCUACGCCACCGUUGAGGAAGCCGUCGAGUUUGGACUAGACGUCAAGGUUGUGCGCCUCGAGGGCCUCGAUGAGGGCGCGUCAUUUCCCGAGGUUGUGACAAGCUUCAACACCCCCGUGCUCGCUCCGUUUGCUCUGCCCGCCGGCGCCCCGCAGACCGUCAACGUCCACUACUUUCCCGAUGACAGAAGCGUCAUUGUGCUUCUUGCUGGAGGAGACAUUGCAGUCCUCCAGCUUGAAAGUCCUACGGAGGGUCUGGUGGCCGCGACCUGGUCUCCUGACGACGAGCAGCUCGUCAUUGUGACCGGCGAAGACAACCUCGUGUGCAUGACCCGCACGUUUGACACCAUCUACGAGGGACCACUGAGGAGUGACGACUUUGGAGACGACAAGUUCAUCAAUGUCGGCUGGGGAUCCAAGACGACCCAGUUCCACGGAUCCCUCGGCAAGGCCGCUCUCCUUGCUGCCCGUGAGGCUGCGGCCGCCCCGGCUCCCAAGUCCUUUUCCCACCCCACCGACGACGGCCUGCCGCGUAUCACCUUCCGCGGCGACGGCAACUACUUUGCCGUUUCGUCACUUGACGCGUAUCCCUCGGACGCUGAAGGUGUGUCGCCCGGUGCCAGGCGUCAAGUGCGUGUCUAUGCGCGUGACGCCAGUGCCGGUCACGCCCCGCGAUUGAGCGCGACCUCGGAGUCGCUCGCUGGUCUCGAGGGUCCUCUCGCCUGGCGCCCCAGCGGCAACGUUAUUGCCUCGCUGGUGCGCUAUGGCUAUGAGGGCGGUGGCGAGGGCAGGAAAGGCAGGUGGGACGUGGCCAUGGUGGAGCGCAAUGGUCUCCGCCAUGGAGGCUUUGAGUUGAGAGAGGCCGAGAAGACGUGGGAGGGCGGUUACGUCCAUGACAUGGCGUGGAACGCCGACUCGGAGAUCCUUGCCAUUUGGGUCAGGCGCGAGGAGCAAGAUGUUGUUCAACUGUGGACCAUGAAGAACUACCACUACUACCUCAAGCAGGAGCUUGUGCCCCACACUACCGACCGCCGCUUCGUCAGCAUCAGGUGGCACCCGGAGCAGCCUAACCGCCUCUAUCUCAUUGGAGAGAAGCACGUGCAAGUCCGCUCGUUCGUCUGGGACACGUACGCCGCACACCUCCCAGUGCCCAACGACACAGCCACAGUUGCUGUUGUCGAUGGAAACCGUGUCCUCGUGACCCCCUUCAGGACCCAGAACGUGCCCCCUCCCAUGUCUUCCUUCCAGCUUUCCCUCCCCGAGCAGCCGGUCCACGUCGGCAUGUCACCUAACGAGGACGCCCUCGCAGUCCUGUUCGCCUCGGGCCGCGUCCAGGUUUGGGACCUUGGUAUCCGACUUCCCGAGGCUGGAGCCUCACGUCUCCGCGCUGGAGGCAAGGUUGCCGAACCUAAAUUGCGAUGGGAGCAGCUCGCUGCCCCGCAGGACGAGUUCAUCGCCAAGCAGGUCUGCCUCUCGGGUACCGGCGAGGCUGCCGCUCUCUUCUGGGCUGCGGCGGGCGGUGACGCUGUGCUGCGGAUCGCCAACGCCAACGACGUCCGCGACGAGUCGGCGCUCCUCCCGUGCUCUCAGCACAUUCUCUGGGACGCCGAGGCGGGAUGGCUCGUCGCUGACCGUGACGGACACCUGCAUAGCGUGGACGAGGCCCGUCCUGUCGCCAUUGCCCUCUGCCCGCGCCCAACGGCUGUGGCCGUCGCCCACGGUUCGGGCCUUGUCUUGGCUCUUUCGGACAUGGGCCGCUUGUUCGCUGCCUCAUUGAACGGUUACAGCCGCGACGCCACUGCCAUUGCCACUGGCGUCACCAGCUUCACCACCACCCCCGAGUUCCUCAUCUACACCACUUCCGCCCAGUCCAGCCACUAUGCUCCUCUGCCAUCCGUCGUGCGCGUGAUUGAGGGCGAGGACGUGGCCACCGUCGCAGAGAAGGAGUGGGAGGUCCGUCGUGUCGAGCGUGGUGCGCUUGCCGUCGUCGCAUGCCCCAGUUCCAUGAGCCUUGUCCUCCAGAUGCCCCGCGGCAAUCUCGAGACCGUCUACCCUCGUCCUCUUGUCCUCUCGGUCGUUAGGAGGGACAUCCUUGGUGGCGCGUACCGUUCCGCAUUGCUCACCUGCCGCAAGCACCGUCUCGACUUGAACAUUCUCUACGAUCUUGCCCCUGAGCAGUUCAUCGCCAAGCUCCCCGAUUUUGUGCAGCAGAUCCCCGAAGUAGACUACCUCAACCUCUUUGUUACGUCCUUGAAUUCCAACGACUCGUCGCGAGUCCUGUACCAGGACCUCGCUCGUGACCUUGACCGACCUGCCAUCCCGGCGGAUAAGGUCAACUCGAUCUGCGACUCUCUGAGAGCACUCCUUGAGAGCGACCUCGUCAAAUACGUCGAGACCAUUCUCACCACCCACGUCUGCAAGCAGCCACCAGACUACGAGUCGGGCCUGCGCGUUCUCCUGCACCUGCAGGCAGCCCACCCCGACAUUGUCGAGGAGGCAAUCAAGUACAUCAUCUUCCUCUCGAAUGUCAACGCACUCUACGACGUCGCCCUCGGCAUGUACGACUUCCAGCUCGUCCUCAUGGUGGCUCAGUACUCCCAGAAGGACCCCAAGGAGUACCUUCCCUUCCUUCGCGAGCUGCGUGCUCUCGAUACGCAUGAACAGCGCUUCCGUAUCGACGACCACCUGGGUCGCCGUGACCGUGCGCUCCGUAACCUCGCUGCCGCCGGUCCUGAGCGCUUUGAGGACGCGAGCUCAUACCUGGCCAGGUACGAGCUGUACGACGAAGCGUUCAAGCUCUACCGUGACGAUGCGGAGCGCCUCCCUGCCAUCCACGAGCUGUACGGAGACUACCUGUACGACAGGCGCGAGUUCCACGACGCAGCCAUCUCAUACUCUCUGGCCGGCAAACACGAGCGUGCCCUCAAGGCGUACGAACGCGCACACGCUUGGCGAGAGCUGUUUGCCCUCGCCCAGGAGCAGAAGCAGUCCAAUGAGGCGAUUGCUGGCAUGGUGGAGCGCGUCACAGACCACCUGUCGUCCCGUGGCCGUCACGGUGAAGCGGCCCAGAUCUUCGUCGACUACGCCAACGACAUUGACAGCGCCGUGGACGUUGCGUGCCGCGGUUCCGAGUUUUCCGAGGCCUAUCGCAUUCACAGCCGCAGUGAUCUCAUCGAGGACACCGUCCACCCGGCUCUCGAGGAGGCACAGGAAGCGCUCGUUGAGACUCUGGAGGAGAUGGAGGGCCAGCUCGACAAGGAGAUGAAGCGUCUCGGCGUACUGCGCCGUCUCCGUAUCGACGACCCUGACACCUUCUACAUUGUGGACAACGAGCCCGAGCUUGAGAAUGUUGAUGUCGCCACGAACGCUACCACCGUCGCCACCAACUUUACGCGCUACACCGUUGCGCCCACGACCGUGUUCUCGCAGACGACCAGGAUGACAGGGCGGUUUGGUUCUGCUAUCGUCGUCAUCGUGCCCAUGUCCUUCAUCACUGUGCCCGUCCCUGCGGGCGGGCUGAAACCCUUCUCCGAGCCGUUCGGGGCAGGCACUUCGGAGGUCGGACGGGCUGGUGCCGAUGCAGAAUCCGGCUUCAGCGGAGUUGAUGCCGCUCGAGCUUGUCAAACCUCGCGUUCCAAACACAAGGCAAGCCGGAAGCGUGCCGCUGGCCGCAAGGGCACUGUGGACGAGUACGACUACCUCGUCGCGAGUAUCGGCCGUUUGGUCAAGCGUGUGGAUGACAAGAGUGCCGAGGCAAUCCCUCUCCUGCGCCACCUCGUGCUGGCCUCAUCUACCCACCGCGACCUGGCAUCCGACCUGCAGGCCAUGGUCUUCAAGCUCCGCGCCCAGCUCGAGACGGCGCUGGACGAGGCGUGGGCGGACCGCGACCUCAUCCUCGACGGCGUCGAGAGCUCGGGCGGUAUGGGUCUGGGAGGCAACGCCGCGCCGGCGCGGGAGCUCGUGCGGCCCACUGUGGCUGCAGAGGGCGAGCGGUCGUAG